AUGAUCCGGGCGGGAGAGGCGGAGCCCUCAAAGGAUGGGAGGCUGGGCGGCGGCGGCUGGACCCGGGUCAGCUGCCCCUGCUGCCACGCCCAGCGCGUCCAGCCGCUGGUCCUGGUGAAGCUGGGCCCCAAAGUCGGGCCCGAGACCAAGAGGUGUGUCCCUCCAGGCGCGGCCCUGCUGGCCCACCCGGGGGAGGACGCGGGCGGGGACCUCCUGGUGCUGUCGGCCCCCCGCUGCACGCUGCUGCGGGCCUGCGAGGAGCUGGGGCUCUGCAGGGCCCACCGGGACGGGGGCAUGGAGGCCUUCUCCCACAGCCACCGGGACGGCUUCAGGGACGCGGUGAAGCACGCGCUGGACGGCAUGCGGGCGAAGACGGAGCUGAAGAUCCCCGGCCUGCCGGACAGCUGCAGGCUGCUGAACCGGGACAGUAUC